AAAAAUGAAAAGGUAAUACAAAUAGUUAAAUUAAUUAAAAUAUGUAGAGAAUGGAUCUUAGAAGAAAUUUGGGUAAGAGAAAAAGAUUGAACUGAGUAGUAGUAAUAAAAAGUACGGGAUUAAAGCUAUUGAUAAUAUUUAAUCAGGUGAAUUUCUGAUAAAAGUGUCCCAUAAAUAUGCAAUAAGCGCAUUCACAGUAUUCUAAAAUGAAUAAUGUGUAGAUAUUAUGAAGAGGAAUCCUCAUAUAUAUCCAUCAUUACAAUAAAUUGGUAAUAAAUAAAGUGAUUUUUAAACAUUAAUACUUUAUUUGACAACAUAAAGACAUGGCAAAUUAAAGCCAAUAUUUGAUGUUUCAGAAAAUCCAAGUUGUUUGCUUGACUGUGAUUAAGAAAUUCCAUUUGAUUAUUUAAGAGAAUUGAAGUUAGAAUUCGAAGAGGAAUAUAAGGCAGCAAAAGAUGAAGUAAUGUUAAUAGGAUUAAGUAGUGAAGAUUAUGAUUGGGCAUAUAGAUUUUGCAUGAAUAGAAGAUUAAGUGUGAAUAAUGAUUAUCCUUUUUCAUUUUUAGUACCUAUGAUUGAUAUGAUAAAUCAUGGCAAGAAUAAAGCAAUCUUUGGUUUGGAAUAGGACAAUCAUCAACCAGAAGACUAUAUAUAAAAUAACUAUAUGAAAUACAAAUAUAUUUUGUAAAAUAAAUAUUGGUUUACUUAAGAGGAUUAGGAACUAAUAUAAAAUGUUAAACUAAAUGAAAGUGAAAGAUGUUCUAAGAUAUUAAAUAAAUUAUUAACAAAGUUAUUUUAAGAAUUACUCAGAACAAUCAGUUACUUAUCUGACAGAGCUAUUUUACAUCUUAUUAAUCAAAAUUUAUUUUUAGAUAACAAUUUACAUUCAUGA